AUGAUCAAGAAUGCAGAUGAGAACGACUUUGCGCUGUCGGACACUGCGAAUGGGGCUGCAACUUUUGACAGACGCAAUACACGACACCGGUUGAAUGCCGACAAGCACGUAGACCCUCAACGCUACGACAGAGGCUAUGCCGACGACUACCUCCAUCCUCAGCAUCAGCUCCAUCCGCACGCCAGUGGCUUCGGAAGACCUGACUCCUCAGUAGCUCCCGACGCCGCCGCCAGCUCGGAUCGCUUUGAGUACAAAGGUGAGACCCUUGUCGCCUCGCACAUUGAGAGUAGACUCUACGACAAUGCUCUCGUUCGCGACUGCUCGGUCAUCGGAGUGCCUCAGCCAGCUGGAGCUGUAGUCACAUCCUCAUCACACCAGUUUUCAAUCGCUGGCACUACGCCAAUUGCCUUCGUGGCUCUCAGCUCUUCCGGUAGAGAACGCUCAGCUCAAGGCGGGGACAAGGAGUCUAAGCGCAUGAAGACCGAGCUCGUCAAAUGGAUCGUCGACUUUGCGCCUCCUUUCAAGCAGAUGAAAGGCAAGCUCAUCUUUGUCGAGUCCAUUGCUCGCAGCCCGGACGGCUCUGUGUUGCGUCACUUACUCGUCGACAAGGCCACCUCUCCUCCCGCCCCGGGUCCCGACAAAGGCUUCUUCAAUACCGUCCUCUCCGAACCAUCUACUCCUGCUGGGCCUAGUAAAGCAGGCUCGGUCAUCGGAGACCUCAGCGAGACAGUCAGUCCACCCAAGAAGGCCGUUCGAGAUUCCAAACGUCGUGCGACUCACAGUCAGAUCGAGCGACGCAGACGCGAAAAAAUCAACGACAGACUCGUAACCCUCCGCUCGAUCGUACCAGCAUGUUCCAAGGAGCUGGAAGACCGACGUCGACAGAAGCAGGAAGAGGAAGACGAAGCGGCUCGCAUCGCUGCUGGCGGUGCACCAAAGACGUAUAUCGAUGCCGCUACAGGAAAGCCGAAGCGUAAGAGGAACCGCAAGAAGCCCGACACCAAAAAGACGGCUGGAGCAGACAAGGAGGAAGAGCUCGGAUUGCAUAAGCUUGAAGUGCUCACGCAUGCCAUCAAUUACAUCUUUGAGCUCAAAGGUGUCAUCCACAAGCUGCAAACAGGUUCAGAUCCUGAACACAUUCCGACAGCGGAUAAUCCUUUCGGUAUUCGCAACAAGGACGGUAGCUACCGCCAAGAUGCCAAGAUCGAGGACGAGCCUGGAUGUGGCCUCGACGCACGCACGCUCGAGGAGGACGACUUGCGCGAGAUCGUGGGCGGAUCGCAAGGCAAAGCAAUGCCGAGCAAAAGCGGUGUCGAGGAUGAGGACGGAGACGAAGAGGAAGAGGAGGAGGAGGAGGAGGAUCAGAUCGAAGAUGAUGUUGCAGAAGGCGAUGAUGAAGAAGAGGCAGUUGCUGCAGAUGAAGACGAAGAUGACGAGGACGAUGAUGAACCACUCGAGCGUCGACACAAGAAGCACAUGACAUCUGCCAGCUUCCGUGCACACGAGUCCCGCCACAACCCGAGUCACUCGCAAUCCUCCCUCGCAACGGUUGAUUCGUUCGUAGUCCCCUGUCGAUACCGUCGCACCGACACGAACUACUCCUCAUCUUCCAGUCGAGGCAGCGCCGAAGUGUCACCCGCAUUCUCGCUCAUUCAUCCCAGCCCCAGCACCAUCUCACCGGCGACCACAGUGACUUCUCCUAUGAUGAGUCUGUCCGCCGAAUCACCCAUCAUGCUUCCCGAUCCAGCCAUCAGCAUGUCCAAGCGUGGCAGCUCCACAGCAACAGGCAGAGUCUCUCAGAGUCUGCCGUUCUCCAACUUACCCGCGUCGGCUUUACCUUUGCCCACUGGUUUACCGGCUAGACGCGAGUCGAGCAGUUUCUUGUUCAAACAGCUCAGCUUGACUUCUCCCAACUUUGCUCCAUUCAACCCGUCCGCCUGUCCAACUUCUUCUGCCACACCUUCGUCUGUAGCGGCGAACAGCGCACGAUCGAGAUCGACGACACUCUCUUUCCCAACGACCUAUGGCGAGGAGUCCGAAAUGCGAGAUACCAGCAGCAUUCCACAAAAGACGCCCGGGUUGUCGGAUAGGGACGAUUCUGCAGGUCAGGGUUCUGCCGCCGAUCCAUCAGAUGCAUCCGCAGCAGCGCUACUGCUCAACUUUUCCACCUCGCCCGAAGUCCUCCGACCCAUCGGAAGUACCAGCCGAAGCAAUAGCAAAAGUGCCACCGCCCGUCGAGCCGCUUCAAGCGUCGCCUCCUCACCUCACGCACGUCCCACAGUCGGUCUACCACAGAACAGAAGCCGAUCCACUUUCUCCUCCCCUCACUACCGCCCAAUUCCACACUCGAGCUCGCUCUACCCGCCUCAAUCUGGUACAACUGCAAGCCCAGCGGUCAAGGCGGAGAUGCAAACAGCAGUGGAAGAGGAGGAAACGUCAGGCUUGGCUUCACCACCUCAUCUAGCGCUCGAUAGCUCGUCUCCGUUGGAGGAAGAGGAGGUCGAGGUGGAUCAGCUCUCGGACAAAACGAUUGAUGAGUUGCCGGAGAGCGUUGUCAAGGUCGAGACUGUAGCGCUGGAUGCUGUGGAGAUGGACACCGCUGCGUAA